AUGAUGCUUUCUCUUCUUGGAGCUACAGCACCGGCCCCGGAGCCAGAUCAGGAUGUGUCUCGGGAAGUGGUUCCAGCAGCCACUCUGGCACCCGCUGCACCUCUGGGGCCUGAGCUGGUCCCCGCCAUCCCUGCUGCGGCUGCUCACUAUGGGAUAGGAAGACCAGUGACCCCCCCUGACCCGUUGGGGCCAGGGCAGAUGGUCGUCAGGGCCCUCGUUCACUUCUCUGCCACGGAAGAGCCACCAGGCCUUUUGACUUUCCUGGAUGACCAGCAGGGUCCUGCCCCCGAGCUGCCGCCCCCUGCGUCCGUGGAGCAAGCAGGCUCGGCCCCCGAGCUGCCGCCCCCUGCCUCCGUGGAGCAAGCAGGCUCGGCCCCCGAGCUGCCGCCACCUUCCUCCGUGGAGCAAGCAGUCUCGGUCCCCGAGCUGCCGCCCCCUGCCUCCGUGGAGCAAGCAGGCUCGGUCCCCGAGCUGCCGCCCCCUGCCUCCGUGGAGCAAGCAGGCUCGGUCCCCGAGCUGCCGCCCCCUGCCUCCGUGGAGCAAGCAGGCUCGGUCCCCGAGCUGCCGCCCCCUGCCUCCGUGGAGCAAGCAGGCUCGGCCCCCGAGCUGCCGCCCCCUGCCUCCGUGGAGCAAGCAGGCUCGGCCCCCGAGCUGCCGCCCCCUGCCUCCGUGGAGCAAGCAGUCUCGGUCCCCGAGCUGCCCCCACCUGCCUCCGUGGAGCAAGCAUGCUUCGCUCCCGAGGAGCACCUCGUGCUUGCUACAACCAGAAAGCGUGUCUUUCCCAUCCCCCUUAUUGCAUUUUUUGUAUUUCUUCUCUUUUGUGUGUAUGUAUAUAAUUACAUACUAGAUUUAAUUAAAGACAGUAGAACUUGAGUUUACAUAA